AUGGGACUUUCGCCAAGAGCAGUGCCUCUUAUGGCAUCCCACAUCCUCUCCCACCUCCCACCAUCUCCCCGCGCAGAACCCCUCUUCGUUCUCCUUCAAGGACCACAAGGGUCGGGAAAGACGUUCCUCUGCACCUCUCUUGCUUCACUCCUCCGCUCGCAGCACAACCUCCGUGUAGCUGUGCUAUCGAUCGACGACCUCUACCUGCCCCAUGCGGGGCUGAAGAAGCUGGCCCGGGAACAUCCUGAAAACCCUCUUCUCACAGGCCGUGGUCAACCAGGCACACACGACCUCGAUCUCGGGGUGGGGAUCUUCCGCGCCCUCCGUAGAGCCCAGGAACACAACACCACCAUCCUACCGGUGUUUGACAAGUCCCUCUUUGGUGGUGAAGGCGACCGGGCGUUCGAAGGAAUUCCCGUCCUAGGAAAAGUCGACGUCGUACUCGUAGAAGGCUGGUGCACGGGCUUCUACCCGCUCUCGGACGAGGAGCUCGACCAGAGGUUCGUGACGUACAGCUCAUGGAAGGGACCCAAGAUUCCAGAGCAUAGGAUUCAAGAUGUGAGAGAAAUAAACGAUUUCUUGAAGCUGUAUGCGGUGGAAUGGUGGAUCGCGUUUAGCGUGUUUAUACAGGUGAGUUCCCUACUAACGGAGUACAUUGCAUAUGUGCAUGAAUGGCGCCUCCAGCAGGAGCACAAUAUGAAAGCCAAAAAUGGAGGGAAGGGAAUGUCAGACGAGCAAGUCAAAGCAUUCGUAGACCGCUACUUACCGGGAUACUACUACUUCUCGGACGGCGUCGCGCAUGGGUAUGACGUUCCUCCGGAUGAGGGGUCCCAGUCGCAGACGGCUUGGGCGGGGAGGGGACUGAGAGUUGUCAUCGAUAGAGGGAGGCAUGUCGUUCGGUCGGAAACGUUUUGA